GAAAGACUAAUUUGGCACAUUUAGUUGUCCACAUAAUAUAAUAAUAAUAUACAGAACACUGUCUGUCACUUAGUUAGUUUUGGCUCCCACCAUGUGCUGUGUUCCUCUGUCUGUUCAAUCAAUUGACUUGACUAUUCAAUAUAAUCUCUAUCUGUUUUUUUUUUUUGGUGUGUGAAGUUAAUAAAAAUUUAAAUUUCCAUUACGUUAUAUAGUCCAUUUCCACCAGUAUUUAUAUGCAUAUGCAUGCUUCCUCUCUGUUCCCACAAAACCGCUACUUCUUUCUUCUAAAUCAAAUGAAGUCAUUUUCUUUCUUGUCACCUACACUUUUUCUGCUUUUUCUGUUUACCUUCAAUUUAAUUGUGGCCGUGGCUGCAAUAUUAGGAAACCAAACAGAUUAUUUUGCAUUGCUCAAAUUCAAAGAAUCAAUAUCCACUGAUCCGUAUAAAAGUCUGGAAUCUUGGAAUUCGUCCAUCCACUUUUGUAAGUGGCGUGGAAUCAUAUGCAGCCCCAUGCAUCAAAGAGUUAUAGGGUUGAAUUUAGAAGGAUAUAGGUUACAUGGAUCUUUAUCUCCCCAUAUUGGUAAUCUCACUUUACUGAAAAAUCUCAACCUUGGAAACAACAGCUUCUAUGGAGAAAUCCCAAAGGAGUUAGGUAAGUUGCUACAAUUGCAACAACUUUAUCUCACCAAUAACUCUUUUGUAGGUGAAAUUCCUACAAACUUGACAUAUUGCUCCAAUCUUAAAGACUUAUUCCUGUCAGGGAACAAUCUCAUUGGUAAAAUACCAAUUGAAAUUGCCUCUUUGAAAAUGCUGCAAACCUUGUCUGUUUCUCGUAACAAAUUAACCGGAGAAAUCCCUUCAUUCAUAGGGAAUUUUUCAUCCAUAAAGCAGUUAAAUUUUGGUCAUAACAACUUAGAAGGAGAUAUUCCACAAGCAAUUUGUCUCCUAAAAAACUUGACAUUUUUAGCUGUGGGUCUGAACAAUUUGUCAGGUAGCCCUCCUUUUUGUCUUUACAAUAUCACAUCACUUACUAUGCUUAACAUGCCAUUGAAUAACUUUCAUGGCCCUCUUCCAUUCAACAUGUUCCACACCCUCCCCAAUCUCCAAUAUUUUGAAAUGGGGGGAAAUCAAUUUUCAGGUCUAAUCCCCACUUCCUUGAAUUCAUCUUCUUCCAUCAUUUUAUUUGGUAUAAGUAGAAAUCAUUUUGUUGGACAAGUUCCAAGUCUAGGAAGGCUAAAAGAUUUACAUUUUCUGAUUUUAGAAUUGAACAAUUUAGGCUAUAAUUCAACUAAGGAUUUGCAUUUUUUAAAAUCUUUGACAAACUGCAGUAAACUAGAAGCAUUUUCUAUAUCCGAUAAUAAUUUUGGAGGUAAUUUGCCAAAUUACAUUGGCAAUUUAUCCACUGAACUUACUAACAUACAUGUUGGAGCUAAUCAGAUAACAGGAAAAAUUCCUAGAGAAUUAGGCAAUUUAAUUGGCUUAAUUUUAUUGGGCAUGGGAUCAAACCACUUCGAAGGAAUUAUUCCAACUACUUUUGGGAAAUUUCAAAAGAUGCAAGUGUUAUCUUUGAGCGAAAACAAGUUGUCGGGGGAUAUACCACACUUUAUAACCAAUCUCAGUCAAUUGUUUGAUUUGAAUUUACAGCAUAAUAUGUUCGAAGGAAAUAUUCCUCGGAGCAUAGGAAACUGUCAAAAAUUACAAAUUUUAGAACUUUCGCAUAAUAAGAUUAGAGGAACCAUACCUUUAGAGGUUUUUACUCUUUUUUCUUUAACAAACAUCUUGGACUUGUCACAUAACUCUUUGAGUGGUAGCUUACCAAAAGAAGUGGGUAUGCUAAAAAAUAUAAAUUGGCUAGAUGUUUCUGAAAAUCAUUUAUCUGGGAAUAUUCCCGAAACUAUUGGUGAAUGCACAAGCUUAGAAUACCUUGAGUUGCAAGGGAACUCCUUCAACGGAACAAUACCAUCCUCUUUGGCUUCUCACAAAGGUCUGCGAUAUUUAGACCUUUCAAGCAAUCAAUUCUACGGACCAAUUCCUGAUGCUAUGCAAAACAGCUCUAGCUUAGAAUACUUGAAUGUUUCUUUCAACAUGUUGGAAGGUGAGGUGCCGACACAUGGUGUAUUUGGAAAUGCAACCCAAGUAGCAAUUAGUGGAAACAAUAAGCUUUGUGGAGGUAUUGCAAAACUGCAUCUACCACCAUGCCAUAUCAAGGGCACAAAACACCCAAAACACCAUAAAUUCAGGAUGAUAAUAGUGAUAGUUAGUGUGGUUUCUUUCCUUCUCAUUCUUUCAUUUAUUAUAACUACCUAUUGGAUGAGGAAAAGAAAUAAAAAACGAUCUUUUGAUUCACCAACAAUUGAUCAACUAACUAAGGUUUCAUAUCAAACCUUACAUCGAGGAACCGAUGGGUUCUCGACUAGAAACUUGAUAGGCUCAGGAAGUUUUGGUUCUGUGUACCGAGGAAAUCUUUUGUCAGAAGAUAAUUUUGUUGCUGUAAAGGUCUUGAACCUACAAAAACAGGGAGCUCACAAGAGUUUUAUUGUUGAAUGUAAUGCACUCAAAAAUAUUAGACACCGAAAUUUAGUUAAGAUCUUAACAUGUUGUUCGAGUACAGAUUACACAGGCCAAGAAUUUAAAGCUUUAGUUUUUGAUUACAUGAAAAAUGGAAGCUUAGAACAAUGGUUGCAUCCUGAGAUUUUAAAUGCAGAGCCUCCAACAACAUUAGACCUCAGUCGUAGACUAAACAUCAUUAUUGAUGUUGCUUCUGCAUUACAUUAUCUUCAUCAUGAAUGUGAGCAAUUGGUCAUUCAUUGUGAUCUAAAGCCAAGCAAUGUCCUUCUUGAUAAUGACAUGGUUGCACAUGUGAGUGAUUUUGGCAUAUCAAGACUCAUCUUAACCAUUGGCGGUACCUCCCAUACAGAUACCAGUACAAUUGGAAUAAAGGGAACUGUUGGCUAUGCUCCCCCGGAGUAUGGAAUGGGUUCUGAAGUGUCCACAUGUGGUGACAUGUAUAGCUUUGGAAUCCUUGUGUUGGAAAUGCUUACUGGUAGAAGACCCACUGACGAAACUUUGGAAGAUGGUCAAAAUCUGCAUAACUUUGUUUGGAUUUCAUUUCCUGAUAAUCUUAUAAAGAUUUUAGACCCACAUAUUUUAUCAAGAGAUGCUGGAGUUUCAAUACAAGUUGGAAACAGUGAGAAUCUUAUUCCAAGGGUAGAGCAGUGCUUAGUUUCACUUUUUAAGAUUGGACUUGUUUGUUCGAUGGAGUCACCAAAAGAAAGAAUGAAAAUUGUGGAAGUCAAUAGAGAACUAAUCAUAAUAAAAAAGGCCUUUCUUGCCGGUGUUCGCGCUCAUAAUUAGUAAUCAAAGCUAAACUAAAUUUCUACAGUCGUUUGUGGAAAGAGAACUGUAUUCAACUUGAUGCCAUGUUGUUAAGAAACUGAAUGGUUCUUCUGUAAGCACAUGUGACAAUUUCUAGUUAUUCAGCGACUUCGGUUUGGAACAUUUGGUUCUGUAUGAUUUGCCUGCAAUCUACUAGUUGCUAUAAAUAAGUAAAUAGUAAUUAAUGUUGUAUUGCUUUCUGUUUCAAUGAAAUGAGAAUUGAUACUUCUCCAAUAUUUAUCUUCAAUUU